GCAGCUCUUAAAGAAAGCGGAAGGCGGAGCUUCGUAGGCUUCAUUUCGGUUUGAGUCUGUCAGGCAGUUGCACGGCCUUUUCCUAUCGCCUCCUGAGGACACCGGCUGCCUUUCCCCUCCCGUCUCCUUCUCAUCUUUACCCGAGUAAAAUAAGAAAAUGGCCUCAGGCGUAAUGGUUUCCGAUCUUGUCAUUGAAAUGUUCAAUGCAAUGAAAGUGCGAAAGGCCUGCUCUCCCGAGGAGGCGAAGAAGCGCAGGAAGGCUGUCAUCUUUUGCCUUAGCCCUGACAAGAAGACCAUUAUUCCAGAAGAAGGGAAAGAAAUCCUGGUUGGAGAGUGUGGCGAGAAAAUUGCCGAUCCCUACAAGCACUUUGUGGAUAUGCUACCCCCAGAUGACUGCCGCUAUGCCCUUUUUGACUGCUGCUAUGAAACAAAGGAGUGUAGGAAAGAGGACCUGGUCUUCAUUUUCUGGGCUCCUGAGGAUUCUCCACUGAAAAGCAAAAUGAUAUAUGCCAGUUCUAAAGAUGCAAUCAAGAAGAAAUUCACAGGUUGUAAGCACGAGGUGCAGGCAAACAACAAAGCUGACAUAAAGGACCGUUGUACCCUUGCUGAGAAACUUGGCGGCAACACUGUCAUCUCUGUGGAAGGAGUACCUGUGUAAAGACCUCAUUGCCUCCACUCAUGUCUGUGCCACUUCUUAAAGGGGCUUCCAUGUUAUCUCCCCCAACAGUGUCUCCCGUUACCCUUUACAAUCUUCACCCCCUCAUGAUGAGGAAGUCAUUCAUCUACAAGCAGGCUUCUCCUUCAAGCCAUCCCCCAGCAGGCAUACAUGUCCCGUAGUAUGUUUUUGUUUUUCCUACAGAGGCAGCUUUCCAUUCUAGAUAUGAACUCGUCCUUCUGCCCCUUUUCAUUCUUCACUUGCCUCCUAAGUUGAGUUAUUUUGCCAAAUGCAACCUGGCAUCUUCCCCCAUUCUCACUGCUCAGUAGCUCCAAAACUGAGCUCUGUAGAUGUGAAUACCUUGCGCUAGAUGUAACACACAAUGCAAAUUGUGGAUCAGACUGCAGCCCAUAACACGCUGCUUGUGGGUUAGCCUCUAACAUUCCCAGAACCAGCUUUCAAUUGUCAGACGAGUGCACCUCCAAAAUUCCACUUUCUGCAACAUUCCUCUUGUUGUUGGCCUCCUGGCGUUUGCAGGGUAUGAAGUACUUGUAGUAUUAGGAAACCUUUUAAGAAGCUUGUAAUGGCACCUUUAUUAAUUUGUAAACCUUCAGUAGCACAGAAUUCCACUUAACUUAAGCAGAAUAUGGGACACAGCUUUUUGCUCAAGUCCAGCAUUCCAUAUUUCGUUUUUGAAAUAGAUGGCCGCACAUUAAAGUAUGUUUUGCCAAUUUCCUCAAAUCUAUGACCCUUAUUUUGGCACUUGAGUGUUUUUAUGGGGUCUCCUGGGAGGGUUAUGAAAUACAGAUGACUGAAGCCUUUCACCACCUACAACCCUUUCCCUCAGUCACUUGUUCAUUGCGGUCUAAUUCCUUUUGUCUUGCGUUACUAAUAUGGAAGUCAUAAUGGCAGAUUCAACAUUAAUAAACAAAUAAAGGAA